UAGACUCAUAUCCAGCUCACCGGAGGAUGUCUGUCCUCUUGGAGACGUCUUUGGGUGAUAUCGUAAUUGACUUGGAGGUAGAGGCUUGUCCAAAGACGUGCGAGAACUUUCUCAAGCUCUGUAAAGUGUACUAUUACAACCUGCAUGCUUUCUUCAAUGUCUCGAAAGACUUUCUAGCGCAGGCUGGGGACCCGACUGCGACUGGAACGGGUGGCGAGUCUAUCUGGUCACUCAUCGCUUCGAAGCAGGGCACUCAGGCACCCCGCUAUUUCACACCCGAGUCCGUGCCACGACUGAAGCACAAACAUAAGGGUACAGUCUCCAUGGCUGUUGCGCCUGCACUCGAGGACGGUACCAAGGGAGGUUGCGGCAGCCAGUUUUUCAUCACCCUCGGCGAGAACAUCGACUACCUCGAUGGGAAGCACGCCGUGUUCGGGCAUGUUGUUGAAGGGAUUGAGACACUAGAGAGACUUAACGAAGUGUUUGUCGGUCAGGAGGGGCGGCCGUUCAAGGAUGUGCGGAUACGACACGUCGAAGUCCUCGACGACCCAUUUCCCGACCCAGGAGGCCUUGUUGUCCCAGACAGCAUCCCUACGCGCCCUCCCGACAACUCGACUCGCAUUGCUGAAGAUGAGGACCCGCUCGCGACUCUGCCUGAAGAGGAGGCUGAGGAACUCCGGCGCAAAAAGGCAGCAGAGGCGUCCGCGCUGACGCUCGAGAUGGUGGGUGACCUGCCGUUCGCGAACGUGCGCCCGCCCGAGAACGUCCUCUUCGUGUGCAAGCUGAACCCGGUCACGCGCGACGAAGACCUCGAGCUGAUUUUCUCCCGCUUCGGGACGAUCAUGAGCUGCCAGGUCAUCCGCGACAAGCGCACGGGCGACUCGCUCCAGUACGCAUUCAUCGAGUUCGAUCGCCGCGAGGACGCCGAGCAGGCGUACUUCAAGAUGCAAAACGUGCUCGUGGACGACCGACGGAUAUGGGUCGACUUCUCGCAGUCCGUCUCGCGCCUCAACAACGGCAAGUGGUCCAAUGAUGCCAAGCUCGGCCCGCGGAGGAAGCCAGGUGCUUCUAAUUUCGGCGGGCGCGAGGACCUUGAAGAGACGCGUCGGUACCGCGCCGGCUCGGCCGACCGCAAUGGUGGUUACGACAUGGUCUUCGACGUACCCGAUGACAGGCAUCACCGGCGGCGGAGUAGGAGUCGCAGCCCGGGGCGGGACAGAGACCGAGAGCGGGAUAGGGACGAAGAACGAAGAUACGACAGAGAUCGCGAUGGCCGCCGAGGGCGCGACAGACCAAGGAGUAGGAGCAGAGAUCGUCACCGAGAUGACAGAGAUAGACGGAGACGGUAGUCUUGCGUUACUUGUCGUUCUUCAGCAAUCUCCUGGUCAAGCUUGCACCAGCGCGCCGGCUCAAUAUAUC